UAUGUUUUAUCCAAUCGGAGGAUCAUCAUAGUUUUCACCGAUGGCCGAACUCAAAAUGACCUAGAAGUCCAGUAAAAAAUUUGUUUCAGUACACCCUGCGGUGGUCGGUCGCGGUGUGUCGCUGCUAUCACGACAGAGCCCGGAGCUGCCUCUCAUGGAACAACCAGUGCCAUCGCAGAGGCCUUUUCUGGAGGGCAUGCCGCGUAGCUUCGAACACUCCGAGUUUCGAAAUCGAGCUUUUCUCGUUGCGGAAGCAGUCUCUUCUUGUGCAAGUACAUUUGGACACAAAUUCCUCAAGGUUUUUGACAGCGGCGUGGACUGGGCACCGUAUGUCGCCGUGCUUUGCCUGGCUGGGAGAUCGGCCCGGUCCCAGCUGUACGCGUUCAAAGUCGGUACUAUCGUCGCUGCACUGGUUGUUGGUUACGGCUUUUUGCGGCAUCGGCAGCGUAUCAGGAGAAGAGAUCAAGCGAGACUUGCGGAGGAAAAUGAAAUCGCGUGGUCUACUUAUGCGCCCACCGCCGAGAUAGAAGAGGCUCGUGCAGAUGACAGCGAGACGACGGAUAAGAUCAAGCUGAGUUGGAGAAAUAUGAGAAAAGGAAGCUGCCAGUAUCUCGCGAUUCCCGUGGGUGUGUUCCCGAAAGUGAUGGACGUCGGGCAAUUCAUUCUGUUUUUGCUGCUUUAUCUCGUGACUGCAUGGGCGCUUGAUGCCAGCAGCACGACGGACGACGAGGGUUCCUCCACCUCCGGGCGAGCUUCCGUAUCAAGAAGCUCGGCAUUUUUGUCGCACCCAGUCGGCGCGAUUCUCGCAAUAUGCUUUGCGCCGAUCACAAACAUAGGCAUGACACUGCCCAUGCUUGUGAGCCUUUCCUUCGGAGACCGACCGUUCAUCGUGGACUACAUGCUCGAGGAGAUGCCGGAGUUUGUUUUCGAGCAGCUGAACACAAAGUACUGGUUUCGCAAACUCCUGCGCGAGCAAACCGUCCUCUGGGUGCACGUCAUGAACGUGUGUACCUGCAUGAGUCUGGUACAGCCGGUUUUGGUCGCGUGGUAUGCGGCAGAUGAUGGUGGAACUGCUUUCGGGGACGGAGGGGGGAAUGAUCUCAGCCCCAAAAACGCAGCAUGGCUCAAAUGGAUCGAGGACCCGGACAACUGGGUGUUCAACUAUAUUUUCGGCUGGGGUCAACUCCUGCCUGUAUUCUACGGCAUGCGCAAGUCUGGGGAGCCGCAACGGGAGGAGGAGCGGAAGCGAAAGCGGGUGCGUGAAGUGAUGCAAGAUCCGGACCUGCACAUUUCGCGACAAACAUACCCACUGUAUGACGAGCUUGUACGGAACCAAACGACGGGCGGAACGACCAGGGUUCACAGUUGUCAAAUCUAUCUGGAUGAAAAGGUAGAAGAUCAGCUUCAGAUGAAGCAGCUCAGUGGACGACGAGCCAGGGGCCGUACGGGCGCGACUGGUGGAGGUAUGAUUUUUACCGGGCCUGACAAUGCUUGCGAGCACUCUACGGCUACUUCUUCCACCCUGGAAAAUACCGCGGCCCGUCUCAUAGCAGCGGCCUUUGGUUCCGAGCUGGACAAACUUGCUGGCUUGAUCGACACGAGAGACCCCGAAGACUGCCUCAACUACUUGAAAGUCAAUCUCCGUUGCGCCUCCUACUUCGGCCUGGUCCUCGGGGCCUUCGAGUGCGACGGGCGCCUGGCGGUGGCCAAUUUUGGCGCGCCGCCGCCCUGCGAAGCAAUGCGGGCCCUGAUGCUUUGCUUCCCAGUGUACUCGGAUUCGCAGGAAGAAGUCCGCGUUUUCAACGACCAUGUUGCGUGGGAAGCGCAUGGUUGGGCAAUGGCAUUGCCCGAAAGUGUGCAAGAAGCUGCAUCGCUGCAUUUAUUACCAGUAGCCGAGGGACGUCGAGAUGACAGGGCGCCCGCCCUGUAUACUCGUCUUCAAAAUUAUCAUGAUCCGUUUCGUCCGCGACUUCCCAGCGACGAUCUCUUCGCGCUAGGCGAGAUGAAGGAGAAGAAAAAGAAUUUACUUUUGAACUACCGGCCUUUCAUCUACAUUUUCAUGUUCGCCGCGGAUCCGGUGCGCGGCAAGGGGAAGGGGUACGGACGGAGUCUGCUGCAGCACGUGAUUUCGUUAUCAAGGGAAAAGCAAAUGCCGUUGGUUCUGGAAACGACCACUGCGGAGAACAUCCGACAUUACCACAAAUACGGGUUCGAGGUACGAGACAAGGUGGACGGGAAGGAUAAUUGGGUUCUGAUGGUGCGGGAGCCGCAGUUCUAGGGCGGGGUGCUGGCAUUUCGCGCGAAAGUCCGAAGUACUUCUGGGAAGCAAGGUUUCGACGAGCUUGGUUUCGUGUCUUUACUUAAAAAAAUGAACGUACUUCUCUACGAAAAAUAACAGUAUGGGAAAAAUUGUAUGAUAGCCACGAACACGCUCGUGAAGGCGAAU